CCGUUGCUCUUUUAGAAAGCCGAUUCGUUUAAAGAGACUCUUAAAGCGCAACAAGAGCACAAGAAGACCGGGGAUAGGAUAAAAGGAGCGCAGACGCAAAAAGGACACCAACUAGAAACCAGAAACCGUCGAUUACUGACUGAUCACGAUCAAGAUCGACCGUGAACCAACCAACGAAGAUCGUCGCUUUCGAUUUUCUCGCCAAAGGCUAGAAAGCUUGGUAACAAUUCGUGUGCGGUUUCAGAUCGUCCUCGCACGAUUCGAAUACGCGAACAUCAUCGCCGUUGAUUCGCGCACGCAUCGAUCGCGGUGAAUCUUCCGACUCGAACGUUUUUACGGCCGGAUAUUCGUAACAAAAGUUCGCACGUUGGUCGUGCGUGAUCGCGUUCGUCUCAAGUUCUUUUUCUCUUUCUCGGUUUUCAGUUCGGUAAGUGGAUCGCGCGCGCUACAUUCGCGGGGAAGGUGAUACGGUAGCACGGUGACACGUUAACGACUCUUUGUAGGACAAUUCUGUCGCUGAUAGACUAAAGCGCGAAAAUUCGACUUCUCCGAAGGAAAACGUUCGAGAAGAGACGGCAGUGCGGAACGAUUUGGAACGCGACACAGCGCGGCACUAAAAACCGCUGGAAACCGUGCGUUUCGCUCGCCAAGCUUCGCCGCGACUUCGACGGGUGUCCGCUCGCGUCGUGGGCUCCCCCACUUUAACCCUUCCCUUCCACUACGCGCUCGGCCUAAUUACACGACAGCUAUCUGUAUUGCAAUCACGCGCUUAUCCUUCUUGAAUUACCUUAUAAUUUCGAAACACACUGGCGACGAGCGGAACUCGCGGAAUUGAACACGGAUGAUGGUGUGAAGAGCUGUGCGGUGCAAGGAUCGAAACGAGCGACAACGUGCGUGCGUUGAAGCUCGGAUGAAGAAUGUGCAACUUUGCGACCAAGCUUCGUGGCACGUACUUCCACGUUCAUUGUUUAUAGAUAAAACGGAACCGGUAAGAAUCGAACAAUUCUUUUUCCUGCGAAUAUCACAAUUUUCAACGCCUUUUAUUGGAUUGUUCGAAAAUGGGACAAUAUUAAACGUUAUACAUUCAAAUUUUGAAUCGUAUCUAGAAUGUUUGUUUCUAUCGGCCUCGUUAUUAUUUAUUGUGAUCUUUACAAAAUUUAGUCGAAAGUCAAAGAUGAAAUAAAAAAUACUUUAGAAGCCUGUAAAAGCUAUGCGAAGUUCAUUGAUGAAAAAGACGACAAAUUUUUAAUUUAGAUCUUUCUUAACUCACAUUACGAAUUUCCCGAACAGUCUAAUUUGUUGGUAAAUUCCUUCCAUUAACGACAACAAACUUCAAGAGAUUUUUCGCAAGAGAUAUCGUGGCUUUUUACCAUCAAAGAUGUUGCUGUUCCCCAUUUAAAAGGAACCACACGAUGUAUUUUACUUAACUAAACUAUUUUCUUCUUAUUUAUUUAUAUAUUGUUCGUCCUUUAAAGCGUCAUAACCCACGCGUUUUCUUUUAUUGUUUAAUCGCGUCGCAGAAAAGCACGAUUCUACUUUACCAUCGCAUGAAAUGAACGUUACCAACAGAUUGCGAAUGUUUACACAAAUAUUUAUCAAACUGAAACAUAAAUAUAGAUUUCUUUCAAUUAUUAAAUGCUAUAAAUUGUGUUUUACUCUGAAUAUUUUAUAUAUUUUUCUCUUUUAUUUUCCAUAAAUACAUAAAUAUUCGCAACCUGGGUAUCAACAACGAUCACUUCUUGCGUCAACGAAUCGAACGACAAUUUUAACACACACUGUGUAUAUGUACGAUACUUUGAUCAUUGUGAUACUUGGAAAUAAGUAACUACCCACGUGCCGUUAUAUAUGUAUUACGUUUCUUACAUCUUAAUUCUCUUUUCCCCGCCUCAAACUUCUUGUUUCUUUCGUUCGCAUUUGAAAACCAUGUAUAGAGGAAAAACACGAUAAGCAUAUUUCCCAUCUCUUUUCUAUCAUGCUGUAGUUUUAAAAUUCACUACGCUAUUAAUUAAUCUUGCGUUAUCAAAAUUGUUCUUUUAUUUAAUAUUUAUUCCAAACAUAUAUUUUUCCAUUUUAUUCAUAGUUUGAAAAGCACUGCUUGAAGUUAUUAAAGUAUUGAACAUAUUAAAAAUUUCUUUAUCUUAACAAUCAUACUUCCGGCUAUCCAUAUCUGUCAGAUUCUUUCCAGUUCUAAUUAUUUUAUAUUAAAAUAUUCCUUUUCGGUUUUAAUACGAUAUUAACGUCGAAAAAUCAAGAAAAAAGUACUUAUCAUGUUUUCUCUUAAGAUCUUAAUUCUUAAACGAAUCGGACAUCGCGUCCUUUUAUUUUCUUCGAACGAUUCUAAUCGCGAAUGCGUAACAAAAUCAUCGAAGGGGUUUCGUUCCUAUCGAUCGUUCAUGACUGACAUCAGCGCCAACAGAUUGAUGAUAAAAAAUCAAUUCUGAAUUCAUCUGAAUGCGAAUCUAGUAUUUUUUAACCCUUAGAGAACUAAUAUCUCGUGGGAACACUUGUAUAUGUGUGUGAUGCGUGUUUUCAUGAUCACCGAUGUAGUGUAAACAGGAAUAUUUGAAGUCGAGAAAUGGCUGCAACCGCGCAAAAUAUGUACACCCGCACAGAUACGUUCAUUGAUAGCAGGAAAGAAAAAGGAAAAAAGAAUAUA